CUAGGCUCGUCGGGUGGGGCGGGAAUAAAGUUUGUCCGAGCUGGACUGGGAGGGGGGUGGUGGGGAGGACCCUCCCCGCUCCAGACUCCAUGGCGGGCAGGACUGUGCCCCCUCGGCUUCAAGGCUGUCCCGGGGGCUCUGCUCUCGGUAGGUGCCAGCCCGCGUGCCGACCGGAUGGGCUGACCCGCGCACCGCCCCCUCCCACCCGCUUCCCCAUCCCCUCCCCCGCCUCUGGCGCGCACCGGCCCCGGCGUCUCCAGCCCCGCCUGCGCCGGGGUCGCUGCAGUCCCCGCGGCCGCCCCGGGCUCCCUCCCCAGGCGCCCCGGCCUCAUUCCAGCCAGGGGAGCGCCUCGGGGGGAGCGCCGGACAGCGAGGGUGGCCGAGGCGGGGGCUCCAGGCGCCCUUGCUCUCCCAACCUGGGAGGCGGCCCCGACUCCGAGAGCCUGAACGCAGGGAAAGGCAAGGACGGGGCGGCCGGCGGAGGGGCGGGCGCCGCUCAUCAGCCACGCCAGUCACGUCUGGGGCCACCCGGCUGCCUUUUUCUUCCUUUCCCCCUUCGCCUUCUCCCCCCACUCCCCUGUUGGCGAGGGCAAAGUGGCCGUGGCGGCGCCAUGCCCGGGCCGGAGUGAGCGCGAGGGCGAAAAUGGCGUACAUCCAGUUGGAACCUUUAAACGAGGGUUUUCUUUCUAGAAUCUCCGAUCUGCUGCUGUGCAGAUGGACUUUCAGGCAUUGCUGUCAGAAGUGUUAUGAGUCCAGCUGUUGCCAGUCGAGUGAGGACGAAGUUGAAAUUCUGGGACCUUUCCCUGCCCAGACUCCCCCCUGGCUGAUGGCCAGCCGGAGCAGCGACAAGGAUGGGGAUUCCGUCCAUACAGCCAGUGAAGUCCCUCUGACCCCAAGGACCAACUCCCCAGAUCGAAGAUGCUCGUCCUCAGACACAUCUAAGUCUACCUACAGCCUGACCCGGAGGAUUUCAAGUCUUGAAUCCAGACGACCCAGCUCCCCACUCAUUGAUAUUAAACCCAUCGAGUUUGGCGUUCUCAGCGCCAAAAAGGAGCCCAUCCAGCCCUCGGUGCUCAGACGGACCUAUACCCCAGAUGACUACUUCAGAAAGUUCGAGCCCCAGCUCUACUCCCUCGACUCCGACAGUGACGAUGUGGACUUUCUGACAGACGAAGAGAUCUUGUCCAAGUACCAGCUGGGCAUGCUGCACUUCAGCACCCAGUACGACCUGCUGCACAACCAUCUGACGGUGAGGGUGAUCGAGGCCAGGGACCUGCCGCCCCCCAUCUCCCACGACGGCUCGCGCCAGGACAUGGCCCACUCCAACCCCUAUGUCAAGAUCUGUCUCCUGCCAGACCAGAAGAACUCUAAGCAGACGGGGGUCAAACGCAAGACCCAGAAGCCCGUGUUUGAGGAGCGUUACACCUUCGAGAUCCCCUUCCUGGAAGCGCAGAGGAGGACCCUGCUGCUAACUGUGGUGGAUUUUGAUAAGUUCUCCCGCCACUGUGUCAUUGGGAAGGUCUCCGUGCCUUUGUGCGAGGUUGACCUGGUGAAAGGCGGGCACUGGUGGAAGGCGCUGAUCCCCAGUUCUCAGAAUGAGGUAGAGUUGGGGGAGCUGCUUCUGUCGCUGAAUUAUCUCCCAAGUGCUGGGAGACUGAACGUUGACGUCAUUCGAGCCAAGCAACUUCUUCAGACAGAUGUGAGCCAAGGUUCAGACCCGUUUGUGAAAAUCCAGCUGGUACAUGGACUCAAGCUUGUGAAAACAAAGAAGACAUCCUUCUUAAGAGGAACAAUUGAUCCUUUCUACAAUGAAUCCUUCAGCUUCAAAGUUCCCCAAGAAGAACUGGAAAAUGCCAGCUUAGUGUUUACAGUGUUCGGCCACAACAUGAAGAGCAGCAACGACUUCAUCGGAAGAAUUGUCAUCGGCCAGUAUUCUUCGGGCCCCUCCGAGUCCAACCACUGGCGACGGAUGCUCAACACUCACCGCACUGCCGUGGAGCAGUGGCACAGCCUCAGGUCCCGGGCUGAGUGUGACCGUGUGUCCCCUGCCUCGCUGGAGGUGACCUGAGGGCUGCGGGAAAAGCAGCUUUCGUUUGUUUAAAAAAAAAAAAAAAAAAAAGGGAAGAAAAUUUAAGACAGAAAAAAAUGUGUCACAUGCCUGUUACAUCCACACUUACACACUCACAACACACACACACA